AUGCCAACCAGAUCAUCGAAGAGAACACGUAAUAUCGAACCUGAGCCAAUCGAACCAGAACAAAGCGAGCCAGAACAAAGCGAGCCAGAGCAAAGUGAGCCAGAACAAAGCGAGCCAGAGCAAAGUGAAUCAGAGCAAAACGAACCCGAGGUAGAACUCGUCGCAGUUGUGGAAAUUAAGACGUCUCAUGCGUCUGUCAAAGCACGUACUCCUGCUGCCCCUUUAAGUGCUCUUGCCGCUAGAAGAGCCGCUAUUGAAUCCGGCUUAUAUACGGAACCUGAAGAGGAUAUUACUAUGGAUGAUUCUGACGAAGAAGAGGAGGAGGAGGAGGAAGAGGAUGGCGAAGGUAUUGAGGUGCUAAGUGCUACCGAAGAAGAUGAAGAAGACGAUAUGGUGUUGAGAGAAAAUAUGGAUGCUGAAGUUGAUGUACCCUUUAGUGGAGCAACCACACCUAUUGAAGAUCUAACCCCCAUUCUCCCUUCUACUCCCAUUCUUCCUUCUAUUCCCAUUCUCUCUUCUACUUCCUCGCAACAACAGCCAAAGAGAGCAAAGAUCAAAGUAACCAAAUUGAAAGAUCUCAGUUCAGUCAGUAAUUUUAAGGCAACGAACAAAAACAGUUGUGUUAUAAAGCAAGAAAACGAUACUUAUCUUUUUAUUGGACUUGAAAGAGGAGAGGACGUCGUAUUCAUGGGACAAGUGCUGGCAGCACCUUUAUAUGGAUGUAUGACAGUUGCAGGAGCAGUUAUUUCGUCCGGUAGAGAGGUUCCCAAGACUGAAAACGUAAAGGAAGAUGUGCUAGUGUCAUUCUAUCCAGUGUUUUCACCACGUACACAUGCACUCUUACGUAUUGGAUCAGAAUCUAUUGAUAAAGCAUCGAUUCCAUUGCAUGAAUAUACUACAGAGAUCGAUGAGAAUUUGACCGAAGCAGUAUUUAAUGCAUUAGAGGGUGAAUUUGAAAGUAUUAUUGUGAUUAAGGAUUUGGACGGAAUCUCUGGUUUAGAAAAUUCGAGUGACGCAGUGGCCGCAUAUGGAAGAAAGCUGCUUAAGAUGACGCCCAAAGAAUCAUCUCGCAAAAAGAAGUUGGAAAUUAACUUUCUACCUGGAUUCCAUCCUAUUCUCAAAGUCACUGGUGGUAUAAAAGCUUUCAAGAUCGAGAAAAAUUGGGAAGCACGAUCAGAUCUUGCGCUUGAAAGGGCAGCUGAAAGAGGCACACCUCCUGUCAGUGUUGUUUGUGGUGCUAAAGAUAUGGGCAAAUCAAGUUGCUCUAAAUAUCUUGUGAAUCGACUCUUGACCAAAUACAAAAAAGUUGCUUAUAUCGAAACGGAUGCUGGACAAAGUGAAUUUACACCUGCUGGGUUAUUAUCGUUACAUUAUCUUACCAAUCCAAUCUUGGGUCCAGCUUAUACCCAUCAACAAUUAGAAGCGGAGCGUAGUUUCUUUUUCGGAUCAAACACACCUAAAGGCAACCCCGACUAUUUUUUGGAUUGUAUCUAUGAGCUGUUCGAACAUUAUAAGCAAGAUCAAGCCAAAGUUAUGUGCGAAGAACAAUCAGAAUGGAUCCCAUUAGUUGUAAAUACACAAGGUUGGAUUACAGGCGUUGGCUAUAAUUUACUUGUUAGUCAAAUUCAAAAAUUGAUGCCAACCGAUAUCUUUUCUAUGCACCAUCAUAUUCUUGAAUACAAGAAUAUACCUCAUACAUUUGCAAUGGAUAUAUUACCUAUUGAAACCGAAGAAUUCCAAGUAGAAAGAGAGGCACCUAUCGUACAUCACCUGGAUUGUGUGUUACAAGAUCCCACUGUGUCGACUUUUACAGAUAAUAUUAUACCAUUGGAAAUGCGUGAUAUUACGUUAGGAGCCUAUUUUCAUCAAAAUGGUAUGGGUGUAGAACAUUACUUGCAUCCUACGUGGAAUUUCAAUCAACACAUGGUAGAAAAGAUCCCGUAUGUGAUUGAUUGGCGUCAAAGUUUAAAUGAAGUAUGGGUCACUUAUGAAGAAGUCAAAUUGGAGGAAUUGUUUUAUGCAUUAAAUGGAGGUUUAGUUGGAUUAAUUGGUGAUGUCAUUGAUUUCAAAGCACAAAAUGGACCAAAGAAGGAAGUUUUGAACGAUGAUUUUACUCCUCCUACAUAUUUAAAUACUUUAGAUCACCCAGCCCCAGUACCGCGCAUGACAACCUGUCAUGGAGUUGGUAUUGUCAGAGCGAUCGAUCCAUCUCGACAUGCUUUCUUAUUACUGACACCUGUUCCUGCUAGUACACUUGAAAAGGUGUCUGGUAUAAUCAAGGGAGAACUUCGAUUGCCUGUAUGGAUGAUGAUGGAUAAUAAGUUGGAAAGGUCUGAUGGAGUUGCAAAUGUGCCUUGGAAGAAGGUUCCUUAUCUUUCCCAAGAAAUUGCUGAAGGUGCCGGCGCAACUGCCUUGAGAGUGAGACGUAACUUAUUGCGUAGAUCGCAACAAUAA